GGGCGUGCAACAGUACGGCACAGGGAGAUCGAACCUGAUUGGAUCGGAGCGAAUUGAAUCGACCUAGGUAUAAUUCAACCGGAGCGGAAUGAGCCGUAACAACGUGAUCUGCACGAUCUGCUCGGAGCGGUUUCGCACCUCGGACAACAUACAAGCCGGCAGCUGCGGGCACGCGUUCCACGAGGACUGCCUAGACCACUGGAGGAAGCAAUCAAGAACUUGCCCUAUCUGCCGCAGCCAGGAUGCCGCGUACUUUCAGCUUUAUCUGGACUUUGAGGAGUUACCGGAAAGCGCAUCGGGUCAGGGUGGCAGUUGGGGCCGCCAUAAUCGGAGCCAAGGUCACAGCAGCAGCAACAACAACAACAGUAACGACAACAGCAGCAGUGACGAUUAUAUUGGAAUUAUGAGGGAGUACGAGAAUCUGCUUUACGAGACGGGCGUGUACCGAGAAGAGAUCGAAUAUCUUAACCAGCGGAUCGGAGCCCUUACUGUCCUCAAUGCUGAACUCAGUAAGCAUGGAUAUUCGGAUUCGGAUGUUGAUUAAAAGUCGCAAACAAACAAACGAGAGUCGCAUUUGCUUAUCGUACUAUUCGCCUGAAAGCUAUUCGAAACCGAAUCUCAAGUAAUUUUGAAGCCGACAGGCAAAACCUAAAAGGCUGAGCUAAACAAAAGAACUCGAUACAUUUGAUUAAAAAGGAAGAAACAAGAUGAGAAAAGCCAAAAAAAUAAAUUGUUUAUGGUUGAGGCCCCAAAUCGCGAUAUCAGAAAAUUAAACUAAUAUAAAAUAUCACAUUUUAGUGUAUUCCAAUAAUUAAAUAAAUAUUAAAAAUGUAUGUCCUGGGUCAAUUUAGAUGUGGAAACUCUAUUU